AUGGCCUCCCCACAGAAGCUCCGAACCCCCAUCACCGAUCUGUUCAAGAUCAAGCACCCCGUUCUGCUCGCCGGCAUGAACGUGGCUGCCGGCCCCAAGCUCGCCGCCGCAGUCUCCAACGCCGGCGGCCUCGGUGUCAUCGGAGGCGUCGGCUACACCCCAGAGAUGCUGCGCGAGCAGAUCGCCGAGCUCAAGAGCUUCCUCGUCGACAAGAACGCCCCCUUUGGUGUUGACCUGCUUCUCCCCCAGGUUGGCGGAAGCGCUCGCAAGACCAACUACGACUACACCAAGGGCAAGCUCAAUGAGCUGGUCGACAUCAUCAUCCAGGAGGGCGCCAAGCUCUUCGUCUCGGCCGUCGGUGUCCCCCCCAAGGCCGUUGUCGACAAGCUCCACGCCAACGGCAUCGUCUACAUGAACAUGAUCGGCCAUGUCAAGCACGUUCAGAAGUGUAUCGACCUCGGCGUCGACAUCAUCUGCGCCCAGGGUGGUGAGGGUGGCGGCCACACUGGCGACAUCCCCACUACCGUCCUUAUCCCCGCCGUCGUCGACAUCUGCAAGAAGCACAAGUCGCCCCUGACCGGCCAGCCCGUUCAGGUCAUUGCCGCUGGUGGCAUUCACAACGGCCAGCUUCUUGCUGCCUCCCUCAUGAUGGGCGCUGGCGCCGUCUGGGUCGGCACUCGCUUCAUCCUGACUGAUGAGGCUGGCGCCCCCAAGGCUCACAAGGAGGCUGUCCGCACCUCUGGCCACGACGACAACAUCCGCACCAUCAUCUUCACCGGUCGACCCAUGCGUGUGCGCAACAAUGAGUACAUCAACGACUGGGAGACCAACCGCGUGGCUGAGAUGAAGGAGCUCGCCGCCAAGGGUGUCAUCCCCUACGAGGCCGACCUGGACAAGCUGUCCGAGAACGCCAACGACAACGAUGACGAGGAGGAGGACAUCUUUGACAAGUACCGCCCUUACCUCAUGGGCAAGUGUGCUGCCGUGGUUAACGAGCAAAAGUCGGCCAAGGCCGUCGUGGACGAGUUUGUGGAUGAUGCCGUCGCUUGGUUGCAGAAGGGCAACAAGAUGAUUGCCAAGCUGUAA